UUUUUAUCAAUUUUGUACAACGAUAACGCUCUUGAGUCAUGGCUAAAGUUUAUGAACGAAAUGUAAAAUGCGUCCUUUCAUAAAAUAGCAGUGUCGUUGUCACUCUGUGCUGCAUUACGUCAAGUGAAAACUGUGUAUGUUUGAGACGAUUUUAAGAUAUUGUAAAUCUAAAUAAUCCAUGUUUUAUACUGGUAAACUAUAUUUUUAACAGUACAUUUGCGGAAGCUCAGAUUUAAGAAUUCUUGGAGUUGUCACGCUAUUAUUACACUCUUUAACAAGUUAUGGGCUUUACCUUCUUCACAAAAGUAAAGGAUGGGUUCGCGCAGCCAUGAAGUGAUACCAGCCUCUGAUCUUCCAUAAUUCUUCCUCCUCUCCUCCACUCGUAUUGAUGACCUUCCACUGAUAGUAGACAAGUAACAUAAGAUGGCGUCAUGUCUCGGUCACUUCCCAGCUCAAGACUACAUUCCUGUGUCGGAGUUUUACGCCGAGAAGUCGGUGUUUGUGACCGGUGGCACGGGUUUUAUGGGCAAGGUGCUAGUCGAGAAAUUACUUCGCAGCUGUCCAAAGAUAAAGAAUAUAUAUUUAUUGAUGCGGCCGAAACGUGGACAAGACGUCACUUCCAGACUAAGCGAAUUGAUUCAGUCACCGUUGUUCGAGACAUUAAGAAGAGAUCGGCCACAGGAGUUGAACAAAAUAGUUCCAAUAGUUGGUGACAUUACGGAUCCGGAGCUCGGUAUCAGCGCUGCGGACCAGACUAUGCUGUGUCAAAAGGUGUCCGUAGUAUUCCACUCGGCGGCAACGGUGAAGUUCGAUGAGAAACUGAAGCUGUCAGUCACCAUCAACAUGUUGGGAACGCAGCAGUUGGUCCAGCUGUGUCAUCGCAUGAUGCUGCUUGAGGCUCUAGUUCACGUUUCAACUGCGUACUGCAACUGUGAGAGAGAGACAGUAGAAGAGACGGUGUACGCCCCUCCUGCUCUUCCCGAGCACGUGGUUACGCUGGUACAGACCCUGCCCGAUGAACUAGUGGACAGGAUCACACCGGAUUUAGUUGGAGAUCGACCCAACACAUACACAUUCACAAAGGCCCUGGCGGAAGAUAUGUUGAUCAGGGAGUGCGGAAACCUUCCUGUAGCCAUCGUUAGACCAUCCAUUGUUCUAUCGUCACUAAAGGAGCCAGUGAAAGGAUGGGUGGACAAUUUCAACGGCCCUAAUGGUAUCAUAGCGGCGGUGGGGAAAGGCGUGUUCCGCACGAUGCUGGGCACUGGCACGAAGGUCGCCGACUUGGUGCCCGUGGACACGGUCAUCAACCUGAUGAUUGUGAGCGCGUGGCGGACGCACUUGAGACGCGGUGAUGGCGUAGUGGUGUACAACUGCUGCACAGGCCAACAGAAUCCGAUCACGUGGAGCUACUUCGUGAAAACCAGCUUCAAAUAUAUGAGAAGACAUCCAUUUAGUGAUCUCGUGUGGUACCCCGGAGGUGACAUCACAAACAACCGCGUGAAACACGCCAUCCUCACCCUCCUGCAGCACAGAAUACCGGCCUUUCUGCUGGACGUAAUCGCCAGAGCCAGCAUGAAGAAACCAACCAUGAUGAGAGUACAGAAUAAAUUAGAAAACGCUUCCGCCUGUCUGGAGUACUUCACGACGCGCCAGUGGGCCUUCUCGGACGACAACGUGAAGGCUCUCUGCGCCGCUCUCUCCCCUCAAGACCGAGGCAUUUUCGACUUUGACGUUACCAAUAUCGAUUGGGAUGCCUACAUAGAGUCGUACGUGCUGGGGAUCCGAAGAUUCCUCUUCAAAGAGAGUCCAGAGACACUGCCCAAGUCUAGAAAAGUUUUACGAAGGUUGCAUAUAGUGCACACGAUAAGUCAAGUUGUGGCCGUGUUUAUUCUGUGGAGAUUUCUGUUCAGCCGUUCGAACGCGCUUAGGAAUAUGUGGCGUAGCAUCUUGGACUUUUUAACGCGAAUCAUACGCCUCUUACCAAUAUCCGUCGCCUGAUGCUGUGCAAGCUCCGUUUAAAUUAGGAAAGCUUCUGCGAUAUCUUUUUUGACAUUUAUUUAAACUGUCACGUUAGCUGUCAAUGAGGACUGAUGACGCUUUCGGCGAUUACGAAAACGUUUGCGACGCAUUAGCCAAAAUAUUUAAAAUAUCAUCGCUUAUGGCCCUCUUGGAACAAUGUUUAAGUAUCCUACUUCUUUUUUAUUGUUACGACGGUGGUUGUUUAAAGAAUGUCAUUUUGACAUUGACGUUUGACAGUGAUAUCUCGUUUGACUUUAGUACCCCAGAAUAUUGACACAUAAUUAUUGUUAAAAGUAAGUUUAAAACCUUAAAAACUACAGAAGAAUGAUUAAACUAUAUUCACACUCAAAUUAUGCAAACUAUGAACCUUCUAAAAUUACCGAAUUCAGGAUAAAUAGCAAAAUUUAAUCAAUUUCUCAUGUACAUAGGCGGCAAAUAGAAAAUAUCACAAAUUUUUCUUUUUAACAUGUCAUAAAGUGCCCUUCGUACAUGAUCCUUUAAUGCGUCGUACUGUGUUGUGAAAUGUGAUUCCAUGUCCAUCUUUAUAAAAAAAGAAUAGUAAUAUUGACGCACUCGUUACUAGGUCUCCGGAACUAUAAACCCCACGUUAGUAGGUAGGUCCCGGGUAGGUUUAGGGCAACGGUUUUGGAGAUAUUCCCAUUGGGUACAACGGGAUAACUGAAACAAAUAAUUUUAAAUGAAUUGCGUUUGUCGCUAUUGGCUAAGCUUUUUAGAAGUCUAAGGUUGUUAGUGAACAAAUUUUUGAAAUGCUAGGAAUAGUUGUCGAGGGUUUAUAGUGUAUUUAGUGAAAUUUUUAUACAUUCUAUUAAAAUAAUUUAUUCGUUAUUUUUAAUUUGGUAUUGGCAUAAAUUAGACGAAAGCUCAAACUUAGUCACAAUUGUAAUUUUUUAAGUGAUUUUCAUUAAAAAUGAUUCAUGAUUAAGAAAGUGUUUUGAUAAUUAGCAAUGUUAUUAUAGAUUAUUUAGCAAAUUAAUGUUUAAAAUUUUCGAUUAUUGAAAUUUUGCUUGGUGAAACUGUGGGCUAAUUUGUCGGGAACGACUGCUUCUUGUAAUAUAUAAUAUGAUUGACAGAGAUGUUUAUUGUAACAAUUACCAAAUCAUGAAUAUUUAUCUAGCUUCCCUUCCAAAAAAGCUUUUUAAUUAAUUUUUGUGUUGAAGCAUAACAAUGUUAAAUUUAUUCAACAAAAAUUAAUAAUGAAAUAUUAUGGCAAUCUGAUUUAAGAUGGAUGUGAGAAUAAAGGGAUUCGUGAAAGAACGAGUUUUGAGGUUUAUUACUUUACAUGUGCGUGACAAGCUACGUCUAACUAAUUCACUCGCGUUUUGUAUGUGACUUGUUAGUGUGUCUGCAUUAUUCAAAGUAGAGGUUAACUGUCAACCUAAAUUCAUUUCGACGUUUUCACCGCUGUCACGGUCUAUGUAAACGUUUAAAUGAUCUAAGGUUUUUUCAUUUUCAGUUAAUAUACUGUAAUGAUACAGCUUAACUGUUAAAUACGAUGAACUUAAUGAAUGAGCUAUAUUUUUAUUUACGAGGAAUUAAGACUAUAAAAUGUAUAGCACUAAUUUUCCCUCAUUGAUACUGAGAUAUAAUUUAUGCAAUCGUGUAAAAUUUCCAGAAUGAAGCUAGAAUGGCGACAUUAAAUAAACACACGGAUAAAGCUACCUAACGUUAAUCAUAAAAAAAUAAAUUCAAAAAUAAAAAUUCUUACUUCACAUAAAUAAAGUAAUUUUCCAUAUCAUCAUUUUGGAACAUCCUGUGAGUAAUCUAGUAGCCGCGAGCUAGCGUAGGCACUGACGCCUACUUCUUCCACGCCGCGCCGUAGCCGUCAGAACUCGUAGGUAAAUAGCCAUGUAAGGGUGAUUAAAAUUUUGUUUUUUUUUUUUUUGUAUAAUUUGUAAUGUAACUUUUUUGAAAAAUUCUUAAAAUUUCAAUUGUUUGUUUAAAGUUUUAGAUUUAUUUUUUAUUAUUACGGUUUAGUAGCUCUGUUGUGUGUACAGUGUGUGACUAACACACUGUAUAUUUCUUCCAAUUAAGAAUGCUGAAUAGAUGAAUUGUAAUUAAUAAGUUGCAGAGAGUUAAUUUGUUGAACUACAUACACGCUGCUCGCUAGUGCUUAAUGAUUUAAAGCACUGUACUCCCACUUUAUAUGCAAAUAAUAUUUUUCAUAGUUUCUAUAUGGAUUGUGUAUAUCAAUGAUUAACUUGAAUGUCCAAGCCCACUUCUCUGCAUCUAUCUUAAGGGCUAUAUUCCACCGGUAGCGCAACCAUAGCGCCACCGUGGUGUCUGUAAGCUACCAAACUAGGCACCAGAGUCGUGACACGUCCGAGCUCACGACCAAACGGACACCGUGAGUAGCUCUAUAAUUCUCUAUAGAGCUGUAUACAUUUUGUUGGUAGCAGUGACUGGUUGGGCCAACGUGGUGUCCCGGUGAAAAAUAGCCCCAGUGUAAAAUCCUUUCCAAGAAAAAGUGUGUGUGUACUUAUGUAUGCACGCAAGAAGUUAUACUUCUUUGGCGUAACAAAGCAAAAAUCAUUUAAAUGAUUUAUUCCUCGUGCUAUUCUACGUUUUUAGAAAAAACAAUUUAGUAAAAAUCUUGCAAAGAUGGCUUUGCCAAUUAAUUAUUAAAUAAUGAAUACGGCUGUAUGGGCUCGAAGCCUUUGCCUGUCCUAAUCAUGGACGAAGAAGCUAAAAAAAAUAACGAAUGACGCAAACGUCAGAAAAUUUAAGGAAUCAACUUGAACCUGUUACUUUUGUGUUACAGUGAUGCGCGCGCAUCUUACAAUUUCACUCCUAUAAUUUUUUUCAUAACGCGCCUAAACAAGUAUAACUUCAAUAAAAUGACAGUGAACGUCAUUAGCUUUAACUCUAUUUCUACGGCCAUCUUGAAAUGUGACUAAAUGCCAACGUUUUGAUUUCGUACAUGUAUAAAUACAGAAAACCACGCGAUAUAAUUACGAUAAAAGUUGUAUUGUUAAGUAAUGCCUAAGUUUAUACAAAAUGUUGUUAGCAUUUGUCUUAAUAAGCUUUCAGUUAAUACGAAUAGGGUCGAGGUUUUUAUAUCGAUACAUCGCUCGUAUUCAAUGUCGACGCUGCCAAUUAUUUUUACGAAUCUAUUAGUUAUCGAUUCCAGAACAGUGUUAAUUAAUAAUAUUUAAGGGUCACUUGCGAUCGUACAUGACGUUCAUAUGCAACAAUAUACUAUUUAAUUAUAUCAUAUUUUGAAAUAUAUCGAAAAAUGAUUGUUUCGAUAUAUUUAUUCAGUUGUACCACGUCAGAGAGUAGCUUCGUGUACGAUCGACACUGGUCUCCUGCGUUGUUAAUUUUUGUACAGGCAACAUUGUUUAUAGAUAAUAUAAUGUUGCAAUGAAUUCAAUUUAUACCAUUUAAUUCAAAUAAAUGGAAGUGAGUUUGUGAACUAAUGAAUAGAUUUGUUUUUUCGCUUGUAAGUAUAUAAUUAUAUGUAAAUUUUGAAAAGCAACCAAACAUCUUCUUUAAUUUAUUGUAAACAUUUUGCGUUAUAUGCUUUUAUAUUAUUAUGGUUUGAAUAUUAUUAAAUUCGUACGGUGAAAUUGUGUAUAUAGUACUUAGUUGCCCGAAGUUAAAUCCAAAUAUAUAAAUACGCAAAAACAAUGUUUAUUUAUUGGCUGUAGGACGUACGAACCGUGUGUUUUUAAAGCUGUUUUUGAACGAAUGACGUUUGCGUUCGCGCCAUUUCAUGUGUCAGAUCAGCUGCUCACAUACAGUUUAUUUUUUAAACUGGCGAACUGAACUGUACCUUGUGACUGCUAAUGUAUCGUUUUAUAUAAAAAGGUAAUGAAGCAUUCGUUCAAAUACAGAUCGAGUGCUUUGAACUCAUUUUUGCUUAGACUUUAAAACAAUGUUAUUGUAAUGAAAUCCGUAAAUCUUCGUGGAAAGUUCCUGAGCGGGUUGACAAGUGCUAGGUAUAUUGUUAAUGGUCCCUUCUCGCUCUAAAGACACCUAUGACAUCAGACAUAUUUUUUUUAUGGUGCGGGAUGGAGGUCCAGCUAUUUGGCUUGGCUAUUGUUUUAUCGAUGGAGUAUAGCCAUGUGUACUUAUUAAGCACGAGCUGGAGCCCUCGGCUUUGCCCGUGUAAAAGUUAUGACUGAGAGGAAAUUUGUGUCUCAGCUUAGUAUAUUAUAUACUUAGAUUCAUCCUGUCAUACUGGCACAAAGUGACAGAUUGCUUUUGUGUCAAAUUGAAGCGCCGCGGUGAGUGUACCAUAAAACUAUUUUGAUAGGCGUUAUGGUCUAUAGACUAUAGCGUGCCCUAAAUGGGUGAAUUAAAGAAAAUGAAAUUAUUUUGACAUUACAAUAAAGAAAUAAUUAUCAGCGCCAAUGGUGAAUAUGAAAUGAAAUCGGUUAUUAAAAUAGUUAGUUGAAUGAGAAUAAUAAUACAAAUUGUAAACAGAUGUCAUAAACAUGAACAAACAAGAGAAGACUUUUGAUCUGGCGGUAGUUCUAAAUUUUUCCGCGCGCAAUUUUAAAUGGCGCGCACUAUACGUUGCUAAUAAGCUACUGAAUGGUUAGAAGCAUAGUGAAUGCUCUUUGUCGAUAUAUUGUAAGCUAAACCAGCUGUUAAAAACGAGUGCUUGAGCAGUUGAUAAUGCUCCAACUUGUAUGUGCUUGAAGCACCAGUGGUCAUUUGAAAGCCUUGUAAAAUCCAGUACAUAAACCACAAGACUAUUAAGUAAGUUGCAAGUGAUAUCAAUUGAAACAUACUUAAUAUCAUCCUUUUUAUCUGGAUUUAUGUCGCACCUCUACUGUGCGGUUUUCAAAGAACUUCCUUUCACGUUAAAUCAAACUGCGGAAUACAGCUUGCAGCGUUACCUAUAGCGCUCAUUAAAAGGCCGACAACACACCUCCUCUCGACAGGAUUUAAACGACUAUCACUAUUCUGCGUGAUUUAAUUACUUAUCAAGUAUCACCGAACUGUCUGUACUUAUGGUCUUACAAAAGAAUCGCUUACCUUUUCUAUCUGGCUUUAUCUCUGUUAGUACACACUUAUAUACCACUGGACUGGUGGCUGUCAAAGUGCUUUUGUGCCUGGUUGAUAUUCGCCAUUUUGGCGCUGUUGGCCAUGUAGCGAGAGUCUGCUGUACUAAAACUGGUGAUGACAACCUCAGCUAAGUAAAAAUCGAUAAGAAAACUAUUUACAAAAAUAAAAUUGUGUACUUUAUUGUAUCAUACGUCAAAAUUAGUUCUCUGGACGCUCGCGAGUGGCGCUUAAAAUAGGCACAAAAAAUUUGCUGUCAAACAUAUGGAACAGCCUGUCCAGUGGUAUUUUAUACAGGUCAGUGUAAGUACACAUUAUAUUCUAUGUAUAUUGGUCUUUUCAUAGCCAUAGUUGUCUUGAGCGAGAAGGACAGAGUGUUGACACAGCGAUGUUUUGGUGAUAGGACGGCAUAUAAAUGGGGUCAUAAUUAUUCCAAAAUAUAUUAAAAUAAAACAAUGUAAAGUU